AUGACGGACCGCCGGGAUGCUACAAUCGGUAAAUCAAAGCUGCUGCAUGAUAAGUCGUCAAUGUCAGAGACGCUGUGCAUUUUGAUGUAGAUUGCUUGUGUUAUUGUUUCCCUGUCUUCAGCGAGGGUCGUGAGGUUUUUGUGGGUUUAUUUUUUUUCCCAGUCAGAGGCCUAGUCGGUAAUUGUCAGGGAGCGCAGUGGAUUCAGGGCUUGAUGCGGAUGCUGCUAAAGCCGCCCUUGCCGCCCAGGGAUGCAGAGAAAAGGCAGAGCGAGGGAGUCGUGAGGGGAGGGGAUGGAGGCAGAGCAGCACAUACAUAGCCAGGGUAUUUUACUACUACUACUAUUCAUCCGAGUGGAAGUAAACCUCUAGUAAAUGGGCUGAGAAGGGGAGGUGCAUGGCAUGACUGCAUCUAUCUAUCUAUCUAUCUAUCUAUCUAUCUAUCUAUCUAUCUAUCUAUCUAUCUAUCUAUCUAUCUAUCUAUCUAUCUAUCUAUCUAUCUAUCUAUCUAUCUAUCUAUCUAUCUAAAUACUUAGCUAAUUAGUUUAUCUGAUGGGGUUUCAAUUCCAUUAAUUUCAACAUAAAUAUGGCAUUUUUCACAUUUAGUCCAUUUUGUUUACCUUUUUAUGGCCAAAUUAAAUGCAUCAGUAUGGGAAUAAAUGUUGAAAGCAUACAUAUCCCUGUUAAUCUGGUGCUGUGCUGAAGAAAAUUUGAAAGCUAAAUCAUUUAAAAAUAUUUUUCUGCCUAUGUCACAUAUAUAAUAAUCUGAAAAAAACAAGCAUAUUUUGGGGGAUAAAUAUAAAAAGUAACAAAAACAAACAAACAACAACAACAACAACAAAAAUACAGCUGACCAUAAAUGUGCACAGCCUUAAACUAAUUCUUUGUGGAGUCUAUUAGUAUGCCAUAUCUUAAUUUGGGAGUAUUUGCCCACUCUGUUUGUGAAAGGUCUCACAAUCUAUCAGAGUGUAAGGACAUAUCUUCUUUAGUUGCCCACACAGGUUUGGUGUUGGAUUUACUUACUCUAGGCCAUUCCCAAGCUUUAAAUUUCUUCUGGUGAAGCCAUUCUUUUGCUGAUUUAAAUGUAUGCUUUGGCUCUCUGCAACUAUAAAAAAUAAAGUCCAAGUUCAAUUUUUAGAUUUCUAGCAGGUGCCUACUUAGCAUAUCAAGGGAUACUUUGAUAAAUUCCUCCAGAAAUCACAGUUAAAUCUGAAGAAGCAUUAUGAUGCCACCACCAUGUUUUACUAUGGUUACGGUGUUUGUUUGAAGUUCAGAGCUGUUUUUGUGCCAAACGUAGCUUUUGAAAUCGUUGCUCAAAUGUUUAGGCUUGCUUUCAUCUCACUAAAACACAUUUUCAUGCAAGAUGUUUUUGAGAUUUUAAAGAGGAAUUAAUAUUUUAUUUGAAAAAAAGGCUUCUGUCUUGCAAACCUACCAUAACCAACACCCUCCAAAAAUUAUUGUUCUUUCAGUGUGAUUCUCGUUGUUGUCUUCUUUCUGUUUUGUAGAAAUUUCCAGUUUUUCUAUUAUAGCCAUUUUGUAUUUGUCCAAUGCAUGAGAUACAAGUUCGGGUGUAUUUUUGCUUAAAGCAAAUGUUGCAAAUUAGCCUUUUAGACGCUUUUGAAUUUUUAAAAAAUGUUUGAAGAUAUAUUAAUCUUUGUGUAGCUAAACAUAAAUCUCUCAUUAUUCUGUCAUUUAGCUGAUAUAAAUAUUUUUGGGAAUCUUUACUGACCUAAAAUAGCAAAUGUUUCUGAUUUAAUAUCAGACAGUGAGCAAAAGAUGGUAACAUGUCUUUUGAUACAGUGUUUGUAAAUAUCUGGUUUGAAAUGUAUAUGAUGGUAUGGAUUAUUGUUUUCUAUGCUUUUUCUGAAUGAUACUUUUAUAAAAUGAGAUUGAUUUGCUCAUUUAAAACUUCUUCAAAAACUAUGUCUAAAAGAUGCAAAGCUGAAUUUUAUUUUAGGUUAGCCAGAUCCAUCAUAAUUAAAAUCCAGUGUGAACACAAGUAGAUUGAAAGUAAUAACCUGAAAAAAAGUGUUUUCACACAGUUUUGGGUUAAGGGUGUGCAUACGUAUGUUUAUUCUCCCAUCCCCAACUUUUUUUUGGCAUCAUUCCUUUAAUGUUAUAAGAAACCAGGCAUUUUAACAAAAUUAGAGAUAAAAUCCAGCUACCAAAACAGACAUUGAUGUGGAAGCAGUACGGUCACCACCAUGGUUCACAGAGAAAAGAGCUUCUGGAAUAGAAAAACGCCUUUCAGAGCAGAACAGGAGACACGUUUGACCAACAUAUAGUUGACCAAUCUUUACAUUUAAUUACUGUUAAUUUGUCAGAAAAAGCACACAAAGAUGCACUGAGUGAAUUUUAUCCAACACAGUAAUGAUUCAUCUGAAGAUUUCUUUACUGUUGCAUUCUUUCCUCUUAUUUUGUUAAAAAUAUAAAGCCAGAUAGAAUAAAUACUUCUAUAUAAGACCAUAAAUCAUUAAAUCAAAACAAGCAAAUACUAGGAGACAACUUUCUUUAAAAAUUAUUUGGUUAAAUUUAGAAUUGUUUGUGAAUAUGAUAUGAUAAAAGUAAAGACGUAUAUAAUUAUUUUAAAAUUAUAAAAUGUGUUUGAACCCCUGACUGUUCUACAAUUAUUCCACUCUGCAAAUCAUUCAAAACUGCCAAACUUAUUAUGAAUCUCGUGCCCACAAUGCAUUUCUUCUCACCUGAAAUGUAGCUGAGAAAAAGGGUUUUUUGCCAUCAGGAUGAACUGAGUUUUAAGAACUAUGUUCCAAUCAAAUAUUAAAUUCACCAAUAUUCUACAAAAGGCUACGAAAAACAUUUUUUGGCAACAGCAGAUUUCCAUUCUGUCUUGCUUAUAAUAUGGAUAUAAGAUCAUCCCAAUAACAGUCGAAACAAUCAGCAUGGAAGAGUUGCUGUAAAACUAACGCAGUAGAUUUGUUCAGCCACUUUAAAACAAACAGUUUAUCCCAACACUGUUUCAAAUAUAUUGUUCCCAGGCUUAUCUAACAAUAACCUCAACAAAAACAAGCUUAGAUCGAGGUGUUGAGUUUUAUUGCUGUUUGGUCCUAAAGCAGUCCUACUCCAACAAGUGAUCGACUCUAAACCUGAAUUUGCACACAAAGUUGGUGACAAUGGAGGAAACCAUCGCCAUACUAGUGUUGUUUUUAAAACUACAGUUGCAAUAAUGGGUUAGUUAUGAGAUUUCUGAAUGACAACAACAGAUAUUAAGCUUCUGUAAUACAUAGCAUAUGAGGGAAAAUUGAGUUGACAAAAUUCACUGUGUUCAUUACAGAGCUUGUGUUAAGUACAUUUCUUUCCGUUGUUCUUUUAGUGAAAAAACAACAAUAUUUGCUUUUCAGUUCAGUGAAAAUUUGAGUUGUGUUUUUAUUCACAUGGGCACAAGGGACUUUUUCAAAUUUGUAUUCCUUGACAUCCUGGUAAACAUGUGUAAAAAGCAUUAAAAUAAAGUAAUCCUUUAACUUAAAAUGAAAAAUGUAGAAUAAUCAAAUCUGUAAUUGAAGUACAUUUAUUCAGGGGGGGGAAAUCCCAUGUUAAAAAAUGAUAGUAAAAAUGGGAAAAGUGCUGAUGUGACAGAACUUAGUCUUUAUAGAUUAUAUUGCUGGAUUAUGCAGGGAACUUUGCCCAAUUGCUCCAGAUCAGUGGUGUUCAAACCUAAUGCUAUAGUUGGAAAACUGUCAAGUUAAAAAUAUGCGUGAGAGAAAAAAAUAACAUAGAAAACAAAUUUUACAAAUUUUAAAUGGCCUUCAUCUAUUUUGAAAGUGUUCUGGUAUAUGCCACUAGUUUACUGGUAUUUUAAUUAGUUUGUGAUGCUAUCCAUUCCCAAGCUUAUUAUUAUUUAUUAACAUUGAAUCUUUCACCCCCAUAAAUAAGUGUAUUCAAAUAAAAUUAUUGUUUCUAUUGUUUAUUGUUAAAUUAUAGUGCUGUGAAAAAGUAACUGUCUCAUAAACCUACGUUUUUAGGUUUAGCCACGAGUGUUUCCAAUAACCUAUUUAAGGUCCUGCUGCAGCAUUUUAAUCAGAUUUAUGUAUGGACUUUGACUAGACUACUUCAAAACCUUAAUUUAUCUUCCUUUUAAGCCAUUCAGAGGUGGACUUGUUGGUGUGCCUUGGACCAAGUGUGCUUGAACUUAAAGUCAUGACAGAACAUCCUCAGGAUUUUCUAACAGAGAGCAGAAGCAACUUUGACUAGCAGAAUGAUUUUAUUUUCAAUCCUAAAGACCAGCUAUUACAAGGUGCACACAUUCCCAAAAAGUUCCACUUUUAUCUGUGGAUGAAUGUGAAACAGGCCUCUUUGUUCUUGUUGGUUAGCAGUGGUUUUGGCCUUGGAUUUCUCCCAUAGAUGACAUUUUUGCCUCGUCUCUCUUUCUUGUUGCUAAAUCAUGAACACUGACCUUAGCUGAAGUGAGGCCUACAGUGCUUUAGAUGUUAUUUUUAGUCAUUUUGUGACCUGGAUGAAUUGUUGAUGCACUCUUUGAGUAAUUCUGGUAGGCCGGUCUGACCUACUCCCAUGUUUUCUCCGGUUGUGGAUAAGUGGUCUUACUGUAGUUUGCUGAAGUCUCAAAGCCUUUGAAAUUACUUUGUUGUCAUUUUCUCAGAAAGAUAGAUGUCGGUUCUUUACAUUGGGACAGGAUCAAUUGCUGUUAGAAAACAUGUAGCCACUGGAUGGGUAAUAUGAACUUAAAGUUUUAUCAUGAUUGUAAUGAAGGUCUUCAUUACUGGGAUGAACACACUUAAAAGGGUGUGUUGAAUAAGAAACAGAUACAGAUUGAAGUAUUUUAUUGUUUGAUAUUUUGUGAUACUAUUGUGAUAACAAUAAAAGUGAUGAUAAGAACAAUUUAUUACUUAAUUUUUUAGGGUGACUGUAUGACUGCAACUGCAUUGCACAGCAAUCAUAGCCCCACAAACACAAACACUACUCUUCAAAGACAUACCCAUUUCCAAUAUGCUUCGUUUGGGCACCAGUCACAUAAAGAAGUGAUUUAUAUCACUAACCUGCACACAUUUAAUUAUAUUUUGAAAUGUAUAGAUAUACGUUGAACAAACUGGAAAAAAAUAGUAAAGAGAAUAACAAUCCCAAAAAUAAGGCCAGUUGUAAAUAUCACUUCAUUGGAAUUUAUCAUGACAACAAUAAAUUUAAAGUCUUAUGACAAGAAAUGCAUCACAAUAAAUAAUAAAUGAUAAAAAAUUUAUUCUCACCUCCAGUUUAGCCUGUUUCCCGUUCUCAGAUCCAUUUAAUUGAUUUCUUGAGGUUUGGCAGUGGCCCGGAUGUGGGAAGUUAAAUUAAAGCAAAAAAAAAAAAAACUUUUUCCCAACACUUUAUGCUCCAGGAGAGCAAGAGGUUUAGAUCUGAAGACUUUUAACACAUCUUAACCACAGGUACCUGUGUGUUAUUGGAAAUUCUCUCUAUUUGCCCCUCCCAUAAGCAAAUAAUCGGUUUCAUAAUUUUCAACUUUUUUUACCGGUCAGACUAAUCUUUGUGACCCUUUUGGUUUUUCAUGGUGGUGGGAGGACCACGAUGCCCCUGUUUGUGAGCAGGAAUCUAAUUUGCCUCUAAUAUUGUAUAACUAGUCAUUAUGCAAUUAUUAUAUUGUAUAACUGCUUUCGUUUUUCUGUGUUCCUCUAGUGUGUGUGCCCCCACUACCUGCAUUAGGUUGUGAUGACCCACACUACUUCCAAAUGUAUCUGUGACCCUCCCCAAUCCUGACUCCUAACCUCUAAUCCCUGACCUUUGACCUUCACUAUGGGCAGUGUUGGCAGUGGGGUGGCAGGAGAGCAGGAGUUUGCCAUGAAGUCCGUGGGCACGAGGACCACCCUGCCCCGAGCCCCUCCUCUCUCUCGCCGUUGCCCUGCAGACCGCAGCUGCAGCGCCGAGCGGCUGCCUCGCCCCCCGGCGACUAUUUCGGACGGGACGGCGUCAAGCGAUGAGCGAGGCAGUGUUAGUAUCGGGACUGGGACCUGCACCGGGACUGACAGGCCAACAGAGACAGUCUCCUCAACCCACACUGAAUGUACCAUGACCGCCCCCUCCAACAACAACCAACUGGACUGUGGGAACGUAGCUGUCAGGAGGGAGAGGGAGUGGGACAGGGAGAGGCAGCGCGAGAGGGGCAGGGACCGGGACCGGGACAGAGACUGGGACCGGGAGAGGCUCGAGAGGGAGCGCGAGAGGGAGAGAAACCGGGAGAGGGAGCGGGAGCGGGUGGAGAGGGAGAGGCUGGAGCGCGAGAGGGAGCGAGAGAGGGAGAGGGCCCGGGAAAGGGAAAGAGAGAGGAUAGAGAGGGAGAAGAUAGAGAGAGAGAGGGAGCGAGAGAGGGAGAGAGAAAGGGACCGCGAAAGAGAGAGGCUGGAGAACGAGCGGAUGGAGAGAGAGAGGGAGAGGGAGAUGCAGAUGCAGGCGGCCGGUCUGGAUGUUUGUGGAAACAUUGUGGGUCGAGGAGUCAGCGAGAAGACCAGUGUGGGCAUGAACCACCACCAGCACAGAGAGAUGGUUGCAACUAGAACCGACAAUGAAAACAAUCCAGUCGGCCACAACCCACCAAACCACAACCCGCCCAAGAUCAUGGCCGUGUCAGGAAAACUGGAGCAGGCGAUGCAGAGCACCUCCGGCCUCGUCCGUCCCUCCGCCUUCAAGCCGGUGGUUCCCAAAAGCUUUCACUCCAUGCAGAACCUGGUGGGCCAGGCGGGAGGGGCCGGGGGCGAGGGAAAGACUGACGCCAGGGGCGAGGGGUUCAGUGAGGGCAGAGUAGGCAGGAGAGGCAGAGACGCAGUGGGAGGGGAUGGAGGGGUAGUGCCAGAGGCCCUGCUGCUGGACCAAGACAGUCCAGUUAGGGUCAGCAGGAGUGAUGGAGGGGGAAAUGGUACUGAAGUGGUUCAGGGAGGGAUGUCAGAUUCAGGGAGAAACUCCCUGACUAGUCUGCCCACCUACACAGGCUCGGGGUCUGGAUGUGGGCCCCCAGCGGUUUUAGGGCCCCUAAGUGCUUCUACCAGCCACAUUAACAGGUUGGGCAUGGCGGGGGCAGCUGCAGGUCUGGACAAACUGGACAAACCUGGCUACCAGCAGAACGGGCUGAGCGCCUCAGACAGCGGUCGGUCCUCCUCAGGGAAGAGCUCCUCGUCCUAUCAGAGGCUGAGCCACCUGAGUGACGCUCCAGCACCUCUGCGACCCUCCCCCUCGUCUGAUGACAUCAUCCAGGACCUCGAGGACCGACUGUGGGAGAAAGAGCAAGAGGUACAGCACAUGCGCAGGAACCUGGACCAGAGUGAGGCGGCCAUCAUUCAGGUGUUUGAGGAGAAGCAGCGUGUUUGGGAGCGGCAGAUGGACGAGCUGAGACAGAACUACGCUUCACGUCUGCAGCAGGUUACCCGCCGGGCUCAGCGUUCCCAGACCGCUCUGCAGGCCCAGAUCACUCGUCUGUCUCAGGACAAGAGGAGGCUCCAGGAGGAGAUGGCGGCCCUGCUGGCUCAGAGAGAGGAACUGGAGAGAAAGUGCCUGGACUACAGGAAAGAACAGGCUGACAUCCUGCCGCGUCUGGAGGAGACCAAGUGGGAGGUUUGUCAGAAAGCAGGUGAGAUUUCCCUGCUGAAGCAGCAGCUCAGAGAGAGUCAGGCUGAAGUGACCCAGCGGGCCGGAGAGAUGGUGGCCCUGAGGGGCCAGCUGAAGGAGCUCAACGCCCAGCUGAGGGAGCGGGAGGAGGUCAUGCUGGGUCUGAAGGACUCCUACAGCACAAAGUGUCUGGAACUGGAGAAGUGUGAAGGCGAGCUGAGGAGGACACUGUCUGAGGUGUCCAUCCUGAGAGAGAAGCUGGGUGUGUUUGAGGCAGAGGUGCUAAGUUUAAAGCGUGCUCUGAGUGAAGCGAGCAGAGGAGCAGAAGUGAUUGUGAGCCCGAACUUAGCUGCAGCAGGGCUGCUGCCACCGUGGGGAGCAGUCCACUGCCCUCGAAACCCAACUGAGCCCUCCACCAGCUCACUCACCCCCACAUCCGACACCCUGCUCAGCCUGCAGAGCGAUGAAGCUAAAGCCCAAAGGCAGGAAGCUCAGAGACAGGAGAGGCAGCAGCGUGAAGAAGCUCAGUGGCGCGAUGUGCAGCACCGACAAGAUACCCAUAUGCAACAGGACAUCCAAAUGGGUCAGAACCCGCAGAUCAGACCGGAGGCCCAGCUCCGCCAGGAAGCCCAGCUCCGGCAGGAGGCUCACCUUCGCCACGAGGCCCAAAUCCGCCAAGAAGCACAGCUGCGUCAGGAGGCCCAGCUCCGCCAUGAGGCUCAAAUGCGCCAAGAGGCCCAGCUCCGUCACGACUCCCAACUCUGCCAGGACAUGCAGCUGCGUCAGGAAGCCCAUCAGCCACAGCGGGCGCAGGAGGGCCACUGGGAUGAGGCUGGGGAGCUACGCAGGCAGCUUGAGCAGCUGCAGGGUGUACUGCGCUUGGAGCGGCAGCAGCGGGAACGACAAGCCCUCAACUUUGACCAGGAACGGCACACCUGGCAGGACGAGAAGGAACGGGUUUUGAAGUAUCAGGCACAACUGCAGCUCAGCUAUGUGGAAACUCUACAGAAAAACCAAGCUUUGGAAAAGCGGAUGAGCCAGUUGGGAACCAAGCAAACCACGGUCUCCACCACUACUGUUACCACUACCACCACCACUUCCCCAACCUCCUCUAACUCUCCGCCUCCAGCCAUGUCACCAUUGUCUCCUCAGCAACUCCCUUCCUUCUCUGGUCCUUGUUCCCUUUCUGGUCCUUCUUCUCUCUCUGGUCCUUCUUCUCUUUCUGGUCCCCCUUCCCACUCUGGACCUCCAUUUCUCUCUGGUCCACCUUCCCUUUCUGGCCCUCCUUCCCUCUCUGGUCCUCCUUCCAUGUCUGGUCCUCCUUCUCUCUCUGGUCCGCCUUCCAUCUCUGUUCCUCCUUCCCUCUCUGGACCCAUCGCCCUCACUCUCUCUCCUCCCUGUGAAGACCAAAAGGGCCCCCCCUCACUCCACCAGCUCGCUCCUCCAUGGGCCGGACCGUCGCGCCUGGAGAGGAUAGAGUCUACAGAGAUAUAGACACAGAUUCAUGAUGCUAAUGCUCAUUUUUUCUACACUCACAGUGGUGAGGCCUCUUACACAAAACCCAUUUCAGCAUACAGUAGAAAACAAGGUCUAAAACAAUCACUUUUUUCAAAGCAACAAACCUAUCAGGAACAAACAUCAUAUCAACAGGAAACUGAACUACAUUCUGCAUUAUUGCUGAAUUUUUAACCUCCUAAGGGGCCUUUCUGUCUCUCUUAGUGUUGCACACGGAUACAUCUUACAUUAUCAGAAAUGUGUGCUAUAUGGUUGGAUGGCAAAAAAAUAGAAAACCAUGAAAAAAAAUUUUAAUUACAGACCUAAUACAUGCAUCAUUUAAUUCCCACGCCAGAAAAGGAACAAGACAAUCAGGGAUAUUGUCGGAAAUGAUUAACCCUCUAUGGCAUGGCGUUGCCCUCAGGCAACAAACCACAUAGCUGUACCUCACAUUGCUCCUUUAUUUUAUU